AUGAUCGAGCUCGGAUUAUCGCGUAUUAGCACGCUUCUCAGACACACCCCUCAAUCAUGGAAAGCCAUUCAUGUCGCGGGAACCAACGGCAAAGGAUCAAUAUGCGCCUACCUCUCCGCCAUGCUGCAAGCCAGCGGAGUCCGCUGUGGUCGAUUCACAUCUCCUCACCUGAUCGACCGCUGGGACUGCAUCACCGUCGAUGAGAAGGCUGUCGAGGAAUCCGUAUUCAUGGAAGCGGAAGAAUUAGUACUCAAGAGGAACCAAGCCGAAAGUAUUCAGGCAUCAGAAUUUGAACUUCUCACAGCGACGGCUUUCGAGGUCUUCGCGAAAGAGAAGAUUGAGAUGGGUGUGGUAGAAGUCGGACUUGGUGGCCGGCUGGACGCAACGAAUGCGAUGGAGAAGAAAUCCGUAACGAUCAUAACGAAGAUUGGUCUGGAUCACCAGUCGUUCUUGGGGAACACCAUCGAAAAGAUUGCCCGCGAGAAGGCGGGUAUCAUGAGGCCUGGUGUUCCGUGUGUCAUGGAUAGCACGAAUCCCCCAUCAGUACAAAAAGUAGUGCAGGACUAUGCGAAGGAGAUUGGAACAGAUGUGGUGCUUAGCUCUACAGAUUCAGCUUUCCUGGAAGAGCUGUCCAAGGACGCCUUUGAGCCUCACCAAUGGCAAAAUCUUGCUUGCGCUUAUACAGCCUUCCAUUUGGCAUAUACAAAACUCGAGUCUCCACUGCAUCGACUGCUGCCAGCAGUCCAGAACAUCAAAUGGCCUGGGCGUCUGCAGACUUUGAGUAUCAGAAGCCUCACUGGACGACAUGAACCUAUUCUUCUUGACGGAGCCCACAACGCCCAAUCAGCCGAAGCCCUCGGCACAUACGUCGAGAACAGACUCCGAAAAGACAAGCAAAAAGUCACAUGGGUACUCGCCGCCUCGCAGGGCAAAGAACUAGACGGUAUUCUCAAGCCGCUUCUAAAACCUCAAGACUGUGUAGCAGCAGUCAACUUCGGACCUGUCGACGGAAUGCCUUGGGUUCAGUCCGCGCGUACCCCCGAGAUCUCGCAGGCCGCUCUUGAUGCUGGCAUAGACCCCGGGCGCUGCUAUGAUGCUGGUGAUAACCUGCCUGGCGCGCUGCAAUGGGCUGCUACUGUCGCUGGGGACGGCCCGAUCGUAAUUGCGGGAAGCCUUUACCUUGUGUCGGAUUUGCUACGACUUCUGCGAGGCGCAGAGCGUGUAAAGUCUCAGUUCCUGAUAUGA